CUGUACUUUCCUGAAGAACUAUCUAAUAAACUGUAACCUUCUUCCCAAAGCAGUCACCAUGUUUGCUUAUUUAUUCCCGGCUUGGAUGAACCAGGAUGAAGACUUUACUUCUAACACUGUGAAGCCUAUUUCUUGACAACAUGAGUCUUGGACUCAUUUAAGCUGAUUAUCGAGUUGAAUCCCUGGGCUCCCCAUUUAUAGUUUUGGGUUUUCAGUUAACAACAGGACCUGCUGCCCGCUUAUUUAAAAGAAAACUGCGUUGAGGGGAACAUCCUUCUCUAAGGGCCGCUUUUAAGCCUGCUGCCUACCGGAUAAAGGAGGCCGCAGGCAGCGGAGACCCGGUCCCCCUCCUAGGCACAGUUGAGUUGGUCUGUAGCAAAAGCUCACUUCAACGUGGGGCUAAACAUUCCUUUGGCUCCAAGUCAAUUAGCGUCGUCACCCUUGACUACCCGGCCAAGCCGCCUCUUUCCAGGAUGCGGCGCUUUUGGCGGGCCGCAAAAGAAACCUGCGCCGCGGGGAAACAAUCGUCAGAAGUGGAAUUCACACCUGUGACGGACCAGCCCCCUCCGCCUCGUUCCUACACGUCUGGCAGGCCGCAGGGGCGGCCCCGCGCGGGGCGGCCGCGCCGGGGCGGGCGGGCGCUCUCAAAGCAGCUCUCCACUGGCAGGCAGGGCGAAAUUCUUGGAAGAACUUUUCCUGCUCGAGGGGUGGAGCAGAGAAGAAGCGGCCUGGAAGGCAGCCGGCAGCGAAAGCACGGAUUUGGGCGCGGAGAGUUGGGCUCGGCGUCUUUCCUUCCCGGAUCGGGGUCCCCACCGCUUGGAGCCGUCGAGGCGUCUCCGCGAGCCCGCGGAGUCUCCCUCGCCGUGUGAUGGGCUCCUCUUCGGGGGAGCAGGUGGACUUGGACGACGCUGGCCGGCUCCGCUCGCUCUUUCUGGCCUGCGAUGUGAACGGUUCUGGCCGGAUCGAGCGCGAUGACUUCGGCUCGCUCUGCGCGGAGCUGCGGGUCCGGCCGGCGGAGGCCGAAGCUAUUUUUCAGCGCCUGGACACUGACCGCGACGGCGCCAUCACCUUCCGCGAGUUCGUUCGGGGAUUUCGCGGCGUCACUCAACCGCAGAGGCGGCGGAGCGACUGCGAGGAGCUCCCCUGUGAAGAGAGCGACACGCUCGGCACUUUCGCCGGGAUGGCGGCAGCGGCGGCGGGUUCUGCGGUGGGUCCCAACCAGGCCUGGCGGGAAUUUGAGCUCCGGCUUGGGGAGGAGGCGGGCUAUAUUCCCAGGCAAGAGCAGGUCAACAUUCUGUAUCAGAACAUCAGUAUAGUGGAACCACGAUUAAUUCAACCAUAUGAAAAUGUUAUUAAGAACUUUAUUAGAGAGAUCAAGCUGCAGAGUACAGAAAUGGAGACCCUGGCCAUCGCUGUAAAAAGAGCACAAGAUAAAGCAGCCAUGCAGCUUGGUGAACUAGAAGAGGAGAUGGACCAGCGCAUACAGGCUACAGAACGUAAAAUCAAGAAGGAGGAGAAGCGUAAAGCAGAAGAAGCUUUGAAUGAUCUCAAGCGUCAAUAUGAAACCGAAGUGGGGGAUCUCCAAGUGACAAUAAAAAAAUUAAAAAUGCUUGAGGAACAAUCUAAAAACAUUAAUCACAAAGAAGAUUUGGCAGUAUUAAAAAGAAGGAUACAUGAUCUGAUCUUGGAAAACCAGAAACUUAAAAAAGAUCUUAUGGAAGCACAGACAAAUAUAGCUUUUCUUCAGAGUGAAUUAGAUACUUUAAAAAGUGAUAUUGCAGAUCAAAGUUUGAAUUCAGAAAGAGAUCUAGACAUGAUCAGAGAGUACACUGAAGACAGAGAUAGCUUGGAGAGGCAGAUAGCAAUAUUACAGUCAGCUAACAGGAAACUACAUGACAGUAAUGAUGGCUUAAGAAGUGCAUUAGAGAAUAGUUGGAGCAUAUACAACAGAUCACUGCGUCUAACAAAUAUUUCUCCUGGAAACACAAUGUCCAGAAGCAGUCCCAAAUGUGUUGGUGGCCAUUCUCCCCAAAAUCUACAAUAUGACAGGCUGUCUCAUUCAUCCUAUGUGGAUGAAGAGUAUGAUUCCCUCGCACUUUGUGAUCCAAUGCAGAGGACAAACUGUGAAGUUGACAGCUUGCCUGAAAGCUGCUUUGAUAGCGGCUUGUCUACAUUAAGAGAUUCAAAUGAAUAUGAUUCAGAAGUGGAAUCCAAGCAUCAAAGAACGUCUCAGAGAACACAGUGUCUGCAGGAAAGCUUCCCGGGUGAUGCUUCUGACACAGACGUCCCAGACAUACGAGAUGAAGAGGUAUACAGUUCUGAUGAUAUAAAUACAAUAAUGCACUGGAAGCCCAACCAAUCAAUCAGUCAAAGCAGUUCUGGAAUUUCAACAAGGAAACACAUUCCUGCAAUCUCUCCACAGGUUGAUUCUGUACACAGCAACUCCAGAUACCCAAGCUCAGAGAAGGCCUACAAGAUAGUUCUUGCUGGGGAUGCAGCUGUUGGGAAAUCUAGCUUUCUUAUGAGGCUUUGCAAAAAUGAAUUUCGAGGGAACACCAGUGCAACCCUGGGGGUUGACUUUCAAAUGAAGAGACUCAUUGUUGAUGGAGAACCUACUGUGCUACAGCUUUGGGAUACUGCUGGUCAAGAGAGGUUCCGAAGUAUUGCUAAGUCUUACUUUAGAAGAGCAGACGGAGUGCUACUACUGUACGACGUUACCUGUGAAAAAAGCUUUCUUAACGUACGAGAAUGGGUGGAUAUGAUAGCGGAUGCCACACAUGAAAAUAUCCCAAUCAUGAUGGUGGGAAACAAAUCAGAUCUUCGUGAGAUGGCUUCUGAAGAAGGACUAAAAUGCGUACCUCUCAACUAUGGAGAAAAGUUGGCCAUGGCUUACAGUGCACUAUUCUGUGAAACAAGUGCUAAAGACGGCUCUAAUAUUGUUGAGGCAGUGCUUCAUCUUGCUCGAGAAGUGCGAAAAAGAAGCGAUAGCAAAGAUGAUGAUAAAACAGUCACUAAGCUGGCUGGGACAACAGUAAAAAAGUCUUCGCUCACCAAAAACUGCUGCAGUGUUUGAGAAGUAACUCCUUUACCUCAAAGAAACAGACUUCUGUGGCAAUGGAAGAGGAAAAAAUGAAAAACAUAGGUUGUUCCAGAUGAUCAGCGGAAGGAAAGAUGGAACUAAUUUUUCAGCUACCUGGCCCAUAAGAGUCUUUAGGCAAAAUUGAGAUAUGUUGCUUAUUGAAUGAACCAAGCCAAAAGGUAUAAAAUUCUUAUUGGGUCAGAGGAAUCACUCACUUUUUUAUUUAUGCAGUUACGAUAAUUCCAUCUCAAAUCAGCUGUGCCUUCAUAAGCCAAUCUGCUUGGAUGAAACGAUUCCCCCUCCAAAGUCUUACUGUUUAUAUAAAUAAAUAUUAGCUUUUUUUUUUAAGGGAGUAUAUAGCCCAGUCUCUGCCUUGCAUUAUAAAGACAUUUGUGAUUCUUCGUCGUUAAUCAUAAAACUUGUGCAGUGCUUGUUUUGAAGGAUUUUCUGAAGCAUUCAACUUUCCCAUACCGUGCAGCUUUUGAGAUCCUAGAAAAAGCAGUGAUGACUCGGGAUUUGAAUCUGAAUUGGAAGAAAAAUACAACUAUCUAGAAAAAAAUGUACCCCUUCUGAUGCUAAAUUCAGAACGCUGCUGCUGGCAUUAUAUAGGAUCUCUGAGUGGAAUGUAUAAAACACAGAUGGCAUCUUUAUCUGUGAAGUGCCUUCCUGGAAUUUGGGGUCUAUAACUGGAUGCUCUUUUGAAAUAUAAGAAGUUGAAGUCCCAGCAAUUCUGAAGAAUGUAGACUAUAUUGUGAUUGUGCCUUGGCGAUAAGCAGAAGUGAGACAUUACCUUCCCUUCUCCCCAGAAAUAGGAAGCUGCUCUUUGAAACUGCUACCGUUUUUGUAUUCUGAUGUCAAGAAGAAGGACCAACAUUUGUGAAACUUGAUCAAAAGGCUUAUUCUUGCUCUGAGUCUGAACUGAACAUGAAAGCAACAAGGCCUCACUGAAGAAAAGACUUGAAAGCAAAUUCUCUAUGUAAAUAAUACUCAAAACCAGAAAGGAUCCCAGUCCUCAAUCCCAGAAGAGAUAGUGGCCUUUGUAAAAUGAAUAGGCAUUUUGGUCUUCCCCCAAGGCAGAGGUGUCCAAGCUUGGCAAUUUUAAGACUUGUGGAUGUCAAUUCCCAGAAUUCCCCUUCCAGCAUGGCUAGCUGGGGAAUUCUGUAAAUUGAAGUCCUCAGCUCUUAAAAGUUGCCAAGGUUGGACACCCUACUCCAAGUUAUUGUUUUGCAACAGGGGAACCAAUACAAAGGCUGUCUGAACUUCUUUGCAAGAAGUGUCCUCCAUGCUUGGAAACCGAGAAGAGCAUCUACAUGGACUACAUGAAAUCUAUAACUUGUAGCCUGUACACUUUAAUAUGUUAUUGUAAUGAUAAGCCUUGAUGCUGUCAAAAUCCCAACUUUCCUGAGAAUCUGUUAAAGAUCAGGAAAUGCAAAAGUUUGUCAUUCUGUUGUUGGAAUAAGAGGCACUUUUAUACGAUUUUAAAGAUUCAUGUUUUUCUCCUUGAUAUAUAUAUAUAUAUAUACAACUAAACUAUUUUUCUAAAUGCAUAGAUUUUAUUUUGCUGUACUGUGUUAAGCUUUCUCAUUUUUAAGGAAGUUUCCAUAGUUGAAACAAUAGUUAGCUGAUCACAUUUGUCAAUUUCUGUCCAAAUUAGGAAAGGAAUUCAAAUUCUGGAGGUCUUGAAAAUUAUUGAUUUCUCACAAGGCUCUGAGAAGAGAAACCUAUUUCUCUCUACCCUGAUCUGGUGUCAGAAAUUGGUUUACAGCUGGAUUCUCCAUGCAUUUUUUACAACUAGCCUGAAAGCUCUAAAUUGUCUUACUGGCCCACUUCACACCAUUUAGAUAAAUAAAUUGAAAAAAAUGAAUUGUUUAAUAUUCUGUCUCUAACUGUACUGGACUGAUUCAGAUAUAUUAUGUAUUAGCCUUGGGCUCAUGUUUACUAUCCUUAUUCCUAGCAAUCUAUGAUAAGAGUAUUUGAUCUUGAAGGACAUUUGAGGCUAAUUAUUUUAUUAUUAGACUACACGCCAGGAUCACAAGCCACAAUUUUGAUCCUCAGUUUCUUUAAUAGAUCAAACUAACUAGAAUUCCACUGAGUUCUUGAACCCAGUGGAAGUCUGAUUAUUUGAAAGCUGAAAUAGUUAUAAUACAAGUAGUUGAGAUUGGAGUAACUUCUGAAGCAGAUGCCCACCAGACUGUCCUAUAACUCCUGUUAACCUUAUUUAACUUUACUGUUCUGUAGGAAUUGGAGAAGUUCUAGAAUGAGAAUAUCUGGAAGUAUCUAUGUUCAAAUCUCUCUCAUAAUAUUAAACUGUAUAUGAAGAUUGUGUCCCAGUAAAAAGGUUUUGUCAUACAGAACGGGGAAGCUUACAACACUACAGUCCUUUUAAUAGCGAGGAUGUUUUGAUAUAACAGUAGAAGACAACCUAUAGAAUUAAGAGGAGUUCAGAAAUGAACAUUUUUGAUAUUAAGCCAACCCCAAAGCAUAAUUGUGCAAGUGAGUCAUAAAUGUUUUGCAGAUUCCUUAUUUUUUUAUAUUUGUGCUUCUCUUAUAAUGAUUGUAACCUCUUUUAUAGGUGUCAGUUUUCACUGUUCUCUUAAUUAUUUUGAAAUUUUAAAGAUGUUUUUUCGAAGUACCUGUAGUUAAAUUAAGAAAUCCUUGCUUGGAAUGCAAAUAAGUCAGUGUAAGAUGGUUUUUAAAAAAUAAAGUUUAGUUCGUAGGAAUUAUAAAUCAAUUACCAAGUACGUGUUAAUUGCCUUGCUGAAUGACAUGCAUGUACAAACCUAGAUUUUAAUAUAGUAACAAGGCACUUAGCACUUGAAACAAAAGAAGUAUUGGCUUUAUUAGUCCACCAAGACCAUAUGGUUUAAAUCAGCACAGUUACACUUUCUAUAAUUUGGGUUUCUAUUGAAGGAUGAAUUCUAGCAAUAUUUUGUGGAUGAGGCGCUCCAAUGCCAAGAGACAUUAGAGACUUAUCUUUUCAGGGAGAGCUCCAUUCAUGCUACAAGAUCUAGUCACAGAGAUUUUUUUGAAACAGAUUAAAAUAUAACCAGGCUUCUAGAAUCACAGGAAGUAAUACAGUUUCUGCAUUGAGAAAAAUCACAGUAUGAAAGUCCUGACUGAACUGCGCUCAGCCAACUUCUGAAAAGAAUUGUUGAAUAUUUACCUUGUACUCUUAACUUCCAAAGUAAAUGUUUAUAUUUAUUUAGUUGUUACAUUAUUUGCAUUUAUUUAUUUAUUUUCACAGGAAACUAGACUUGUUUUUUUGGUAAAUUCUGUAUAUAUGAUAUAUUUUUCAUGCAAUUAGUGAUCACAAUUGUUUUGUCCUUACUGUCUCUGUUUAUAGUACGUGCCAUUUUAAAGGCAAUAUUUGUCCUCUGGAAGAUUUAAUCUGUUAAAUGCCUUGAUAUGUAUAACAUGCUUUAAAAGGCUAUGUGCCCCAAAUGUGCUGCAUCAUAUUUUCUUAGAAAUAAAGUUAUAUAAGCCACA